AUGGCGUACAAGAUUCUGUUCGGCAGAGUGUUCCUUCGAGGCACGGAUAGUCAGUUGAUCGUGAAGGACGAACAGACGAACAGCCAUGUUACGCUGCUGCUUUCGACGAAAGAAGAAGUGGAGCAGUGGCGAAGCAAGAUCGAGGAAGGGAAGAUGCAGUUCGGAAUGGGCUUCCAGAACUUGCCUGUGAAGCCGGAGAGGCGCGACUUGAUCCUCGAACGAGACAAGCAGUUGCUGGAUCUUGUGGGAGUGGAAGGGAGGUCUGAUGGAUAGGUGAAUGUGCCUCAGCCGCAGGAAAAUGACCAGUUCACAGCGUUGCGGAAGUCGGUGGUGGAGGUUCUGCAGUUCAUCAAGGAGUUCCGAACGGGUGUGACAUCAUCCACACCGACGAUUCAAGAUUUUAUGAGGCGAUGUGAGCAAGAAAGAGAUGUCUUUACCGAUGCCAAGUGGGUUUUGGGUGAAGGAAUGAGGUGUAGUAAGAAUUGGAGUAUUUUUAUGGCGGCUCCUCCAGCUCCUGUGCCUUCUGUGAUUAUCAAUUAAGUGUAUUCG